GAUGGUGUAGAGGACAACACGGGCUGGAACAUAUGUCAUCGUUCAUUCAAGAAAGAAGAUUUAUUAAGCAAGAUAGAUAAUUGUUCCCAACAUAAACGAUUGAGGAAAAAAAAUUAGAUAGAAAAGAAAAGGAGAAGAAAAAGGGAAGAAAAAAGGAAAAAAAGGACAAAAAGAAAAAAAGGAAACAAGUCUUGCACCAAAUUCCUUGUUGGCAACAACAAAGAGGACGAGAAAAAGAUUAAAAACAUUGCCUUUGCUCCCACCCAAAACGUAACCGCCAAAACAUUCAAAAUGGUUAGUCGUGUUUUUGGAAAGUAAGUAGGCAUACAUAAUAAAAAUUAUAUCUAAUGGAAAUGUGAUGCAAUGACAGCUGAUUUUGGUCAACUUAAGACAAAUUCUAUUCCAUUGGAAGCACAACUGGCCAUAGCUAACUAUGAAAAAACUCAUGCUGAGUAUAAACAAAAAUUUUGUGGCAUAAAUUUGCUUUUUGCGGAAUGGAAAAAGGAAAGCAAAGAGUUCGAAGAAUUAGGAGAAGCAGCAUGGAGUAUAUUUCGAGAAGAUAAUAGUCUCAUCAUUCCAAGAGAGUUUCAAGAUUCGAAAUCUGUGCCACUAGUGUCUACAGAAAACAUAGACAAAUUGAAAGAGCAAAGCGAAAUUCUCGAUGAGAUAGUUCUAGAUUCAAAUAAGUCAAUUGAAGCAAUUAAUGAAAGCCUUCAUGGAGAAAAACUAAAUAAGUCAAAGUUACAGAAUUUAGAAAGUGUUCUGAGCAAGAUAAAGCAGUCUGCUGUAAAAAAGCAACAAAGUGUGGGAGUUGUAAAAAGAAAAAAAGAUCAGUUGAAACUUGGUAGUACCUUCACUAAAGAAUUGAUUAAAGAUGGAGUCCAAACGAGUUUUUCAUUAUUCUCUGAAACAACAAGCAGUUUUGUGGACACGUUUAUUAAAUCACCAGAGCACAAUUGCGUUUCCAUUCAAACAUCAUUUAUCAGUAUUAACGACACUACUGUGUUUGACGAGCUUUCAAUGAACGAUACAUCCACCAUUCAUUCCAUGGUGGUCCCCAAAACACCAUUUAAUUCAUAUCACAAUCGAGUUGAAAGAACGGGUACAGAGUCACUUUUAAAAUCAACUUCACUGGACAGUGACGCUGCAACCUGUUUUGUUGACAAUCUUGAGACCCCAUCUUUUGAUGAUGACAUUACAAACCAAAAUCGUACUUUCACUAAAUCGUCCCAAGUUAUUCAAGCUUCAAACAGUAAAGACCAAUCAACACCGCCAGCAUUAAAACAACUAUUCUCGUCAGGUCAAAUGACUGUUGACAAGACUAGAGGCACAAGUAAUUUGCAUGAGUUGACAAACAGCAUUUCUGUUAUGGAUUCCAGCGAAAACAAUUCAGAAUUUAUUAAUCCAAGUGAUACUGGCAUCGAUAUGCAAAUUGUUAAAAAGACUUACGAGGAUUAUCAAGAAUAUGAACUUGAUUUUGUCAAUCCAAAUGACACCAAUCGGUCAUGCUGUCAAAGACUAAUACAGAACGUACCCUUUCCUCAAAGACAGUUGCGAAGUAACACAGCUGUACAGAAAUUCAAUGUGAAAUUAUUAGAGCAGGCUGAACAACGUUACAACGAACUGAACGAGCAGGGUGAUUGUAAAACGUUUGGUAACGUGAAUUUCGAACCAGCUGAAAUUGUUGAUUCCACUGCACCAUUAGAAAUUUCGGGAGAGGAUAUGUUGACAGCGCAGGCUGUUGUUACCACUAAAGCUCCUUAUGAAACAAAUGAUGUUGACAACGUUGUAGCAACGGAUGAUGUUGUUGACAGCGUUAUAGCAAAUGAUGCUGUUGGCGGACACAUCGAAGCACUUGACAUUGCUGACAAGUAUCAAGAUAUGGAAGAACAACGAAGCCAAUCCUUAGCAAAGUUGCGAAACGGAUCUGGUGAUAUUGAUUUUCACAUUUCUCCAGCAAGGGAGGGGUCUGUAGUUGAAGUGCUUUCCGAUGUGAAUCCGAUUAACAAUGAAGAUGAUGGUUUAAAGAGCCUUAAGCAGGACGCAAAAAUUGAACGUCGAAGAAGGAAGACGCCCGUGAAACCAAAAAGAAAGAAAAAGCGGAUGCGCAUAGCAAUGCCGACGUCGUAUAAAGAACGACGGAAAUUUAUGGUAGACUGUAAGUACACGUUUCACAGCCACCAAACCAAGCGACAGUCGUUGCGCAAUCCUGCAACAGAAAAGCAAAGCAAAAUUUAUCAAAUAAAAAGGUCGGCUGCGUUGAAUAAAAUUGACGUCCAAACCAUGAAAGGGUCGCCAUCAUCAUUUGAAGAAGUAGACAUCAAUUCAAAUAAUGUGAUUUCGUUGUCGACUCUCAUGAAAAAUAAAAGGAACAGGAGAGUUUCGAUACAGGUUAACGUCAACGGGUUGAAGGAAAACAUCAGCGUAACGCGAGAGGGGUUCACUUUGAGUGCUGAAGACGCAGAAGAUUCAAGAGAAUGUGCAGAAUGUAGCAGAGAAAUGUCAGGAAGGGUUGAGUCUCUUGGUGUAGAAGACGUACUAUGUCAGAAUUGUAUAUGCGUUUUGAAACAAAGAGAGCGGACUUUUAGUAACAGGACAUUGCACCGUAAAAGGUCCAUAGAGCAGAGUUUGUUAAUAAAAACGUUGCUUGGAAAGCAGGAUAAAGUGAAAUCUGUUUCAGAAUUAUUAGAUAAAACUGAACAGCAUUCAGAAGAUGAUGAGUCUAAAACUGACAAGGCUGAUGUUAUUGAAAUAGUGCAGAAAGGAGGUCGCCCUACUCGUUCUUGUGUUCGUAGAAAACAAAAAUAUCAAGAUCAGAAACAACCACUUCCUCAACAGCAAAAGACGAAACAAAAGCAACCAAAUGGAGAACAAAGACAAUCAAAACAACAUUGGAAACAACUGAAACAACAACAGCCACUGCCGGAACAACAACAGCAACAGCAAUCGAUUUUUUCCGAAAACAUCACCAACAAUACCGCUAAUAAUGCUAACAUCUUAGAAAGAAAAUUGAAGUCAAGACGUGUUACGAAAACGUCCAAAACAUGCAAUCCUCUGGUUGCGAAAGCGGAACAGCUGAACAAAGAUCUAUCUUCCUCCGAAGUGCAAACUCGGCUACCAUUAAACGAAAAGACAUCUGCAAGUGUAGCUACUAGAAACACGGACAGCAAAAACAAGACCACUUUGCGUCAGGUAAAACGCAACUUGAGAUCAAAUUGUCAAUUAGAAAAGUCUUCGGAUAAUGUCGAAGCGACCUUUGUUGACAAAGGCGUCAUACCAACAUUAGAAAGUUCAGUAGAACAGAAACAGAGUAGGCAGUUGAAACGACAGCAUAACAAACCGAAAAAGGAUGCGUUGCAGCCCUCUACUAGAGACUUAAAAACGCGAUUGACGCGGUCGCGUUUAAAUAAAAAACCACUAGAAACUGCAGUUGAAGAGAGUAUUAUCGUCAACAAUUCUUUUAUUGUAAAUGAAGAUAAAAAGAAGACGUCUCGAUCCACAAGAAAAGGUGGUGUCUCUUCAGAUGUACAAAUAAAAGAUAGAAGUGUUCUUGAGGUAAGCCCUAAUAACCCAGAGAGCGAUAUUUUAGUCCCGUUUCGUCUAUCUGUUGUUAUGGAAACAGACGAAAAUUCUGUCGAAACAAUGCGAAACAUCCAUGGGUCAGGGGCAAAGUUAUAUUUCGUAGACGAUGUAGAUGUAAUGCCGCCAAUUCAAGGAGCUAAACAAGACUUCCCGAACACUGUUUCAAGUAGUGAACCGUCCCGACGAGCUGGUCUUCGCUUUAGAAAACGUAAAUCGCUAGGUAACCACAGCCUUCUAAAAAAGAAUCGACAGAGAUGUAGUCUCAGUGUUACCUCGACAACCCAGAAAAAUAUUAAAAAAGGAAAGAGCAAACGAAAGCAUCUGGCAUACCAAAGCAGUCGUAAAUCAUUUAACAAGGGUAACAAAUCCUCUAUUAAAGAGAAAAGCAAGAAUGUGCAAAGUAGGGCAGAACCUGAGGAGAUAGAAAAAGUUGAAAAAAGUAAUGGUAAAAAAAGUAAUGUAAAGUUAAACCCUGCGUCUACCACAAACACUGAUAUUGUCUUUUUAUCGGAAGACCCAAUUAAGCAUGUGCUUACUGCCCAGUCUGUUCUAAAGAAGAAACAGACUAAUGGUAAAACCUUUACUAAAAGCUCCCACAAAUGGAAUGGCGAAGUUGUUUUGAAUUUGCCAGCAGAUUUUAAAGACGUGGACAGAAAGAAGACACCGCAUAGUGUUGACAUUGAAAAUAAAGAAAAUAAAAGCGGUGACGUAACGGAUAAUUUAAACACGUUACAUGAUACAGUCAUUGAGAAUGUAAAGACGCCAGUAUCAAAAAAGUUCAGGAGGUUGGCGAGCAGACUAAAUCGCGAUAAAAAUUUGUCUCAAGUCGCAAAGCAAGUGGAAAAGGAUGAAACGUCACUUCCGAAACCCUUUGCAUUGAAGAAAGUUACCGAGACUGACCGAUUAACUAUGGGACCUCCCUUAGAGCCUGUUACGAAAAAAUCAAAAAAAGUGAACAAUGAUAUUUCGCGUCUUUCGCUGCAGUCUUCGAACUCAUCUCGGUUAGUAGGCGAAUCUACGGUGUCGUAUCUUGGUCGAAAAAAAAAAUCGCUGUUCAACAAGAGGAAUAACAUGAUGAAAACACCAUCUCGAAGUGCUCCAAUGAAUUCAACUAUUGUGGAUGGAGAUGGGCGCAAAAGCAUUGGUGGGAUGGGUGUUAUGUUUGCUGCUGAUUUAUCCAAAAUUGGUCAGCCGGUUAAUAGGUCCGAAACUUCCGCCAUGUCGCACACGAAUAUGUCGCACGUUAGUAACGUCACAUAUGGUAUGCCGUCUUCGUUGGCGAAAUAUUUGAAUCAGUUUGACCAAGCAUUGGCAUUUACCAAAAAGAAAUAACUUGACAGAAAAGUUGCUUUAUGAGAUGAAGAGAUUUUAUACGUUUUAACUUGCGUGUGAAUUAAAUAAGUAAAUAAUUUUACUAAUCAUUGCUCUGCUAAGCUUUUUGUCGAUUAAAUUCCAAAUUUUGAAAAUCAGGGAAUAAAGGGUAAAGUUUUUAUCCUGUGGCUGCAUGCAUAAGACUAUUUAAAAAACUAUUAGGAAAUUUGUUUUGACGAUUCUGGCGUCGUGCAAUUGCUUUAAUGUGAGAAAAUUUAACAAUCGCGAAAUUACAGCAUGUGCAUUUUGGUUAUGACUCAAUAAUAUUUCUAUCUUGAAAUUAACCCGACAGUUUCUUUUAUAUGGUGCGCUUUUUUUGCAACCAAUUAUUUCGUAAUUUCAAAAAUUUUCCGCCUUAUCGUAAACUUAUCGCAAAGUCGCAAGUUUCCGUGAUGUUGCAAAUAUCCCACAAACUCACAUUCUAAAAAUUGCAGUUUUUGUUUGAAAUGCGUUAUUAUUAUUGGAGGAAAAUUACUCACUUUAAAUUCUCUCAAAUUAAGUUCUUUGGUGAGCAGAACUUUCUAUCCGACCUAAGCUGUCUUGGAUAAAUUACAAUUACUGCUCUAGACUUCAGCAAAGUUUUACAUUUUGAUUUACUUGCUAUGAAAAUCCAAAGCGUAAAUUAUUGCAAUUUAGAAUGACUUUGUUUUUCUUCACUUUUUAUGUAUUUAUAUCAGACAGGUUUUUAGUUUGUGUAUUAUACCCGCCCAACUGGUUAACAUGUAAAUAAUUUUAUUAUUCUUACUGAAAAAACUUAGUUAAAGGAUUUA